AUGGGGUUCAGUAUAACAGAAACUCUUUCAAAGGGAAGAAAUGUUGUUCCAAUGGAGAAGAGAAAUAAAACUUUGGCAUAUUCUCUCGUCUUAAUUGCAACAUGUUUGGAUAAUUUGAACGUCGCUGGUACUAUGACUUCAGUGUUCUCUGUUGCUGAAAGAUUUGAUGCUAGUACCACAACUGUAUCUUGGGUUUUUUCAUCAUAUGCCCUAACAUUAGGUGCCUUCAUUAUCAUAGCUGGUAAAUUGGCUGAUGUUUGGGGACCUCAUAAUGUUUUCUUGGUUGGUUUGUUCUUCACUAGUUUAUUUGCUUUGAUUUCAGCUGUUAUAGUUGAUCAAAUCAUUGUUUUAAUUGUAUUUAGAGCGCUACAGGGUGUCUUUGCCGCUAGUUUGAUUCCUUCAGCAUUUUCAUUGACUGGUAAUUACUUUAAAGGUGAUGCUCUAUUAAAAGCAUUAGCUUGGUUCAUAAUGUCCUUAACCGUGGUGUUUGGUAUUGGUGUUAUUUUAGGUGGUGCAUUUUCAGUUUCAUCGGUUGGUUACAAAGGUUUAUACUAUUUCACUUUUGCCGUUGGGAUGGCGUGUUUUAUAGCCUUAUACUUUAUCAUUAUACCUAUUGAGAAGACUGAAGGUCAUCAAAACUUAAAGAUUGAGAAUCUUGAUUAUGGUGGUUCUGCUUUCCUUGUUAUUGGCCUUUUAUUGAUUAAUUUAGGCUUAACUGAAGGUGGUGAAUCGUGGCAUAAGGCAUCUUCAUAUGUUCCAUUAGUUGUAGGUGUAUUGGUGUUUUUCGGUGUGGUGAUUUUUGAAAUGUGGUAUAUUCAAGGCUUCAAGGAUAAAGUGAAUUCUCAAAUUAAUAAUAUUGAAGGAAACACUACUCAUUUUGGUAAUGAGCAAAUAAAGGAAAAUCAAGAUGAUGUUUGUAAUGGCUCUAUCAAAUCAACGUCUGAAUUCUCGGGUACAAAUGACUGGAGAUACAAAAUUGAAUUAUUAUUUCCUAGAGAAGUUAUUAAGAUUCCAAAUUUUUUCCAAUACCUGUUUGCAACAUUUUUGUUUUAUAUCAAUUAUAUUGCUGUGAUGUCAACUGUUGUUCAAUACUCUCAAUACAUUGAGCUAGACUCACCAAUAAUGGCUGCUUUGAAAGUCUUACCAUUAGCAUUAGGUGUUACUUUUGCUGCUGUUACUUAUCGUCAAAAUCUUGCUCAGAGAGUUGGUACAAAGUUUAUCAUUUGUUGUACCCCAAUACUGGUGUUAACAAUGAGUGUUUGGAUUUCAAGAUUAGAUUUCAGAGUAAAGAAUAGUUACUGGAAGUAUGAAUGCAUUGGUCAAUUUAUCUUUGGUUUUGGUACCAAUAUAUAUUUCCAAGUCUAUUGGAGUGAUAUCAUCACCGGGACUCCAUUGCAUUUACAAGGUGUUGUUUCUGGUAUUUUGCAAACAGCUGGUCAGAUAGGUCUUUGCUUUGGUAAUACCAUUAUUGCUGCAUUGGCUGGUGAGCUAAAAUAUACAAGGGAUUAUGAUACAAGAGUUGAACUACAUCAUAAGUUUAAAAAGAACUUUUAUUUGGCAUAUGCUGGAUCUGCAGCUUUAUUCUUCGUUUUACUAACAGUUAAAGGUAAGAAAAGUGUUGCAGCUAAAGAUGAUGUUGAAAAUCAACCUAAAAACCAAGAUUUGGAAACUAAUCAAGAUACCUCAAAUGCCAAUUAA